CACUUUUGUGGCAAAUGCCAUUUGCACACUUUCAAUAAUCCAAAACUAAUAUUUUGAAAUAAGAUAAAUCGACAGCGAAAGACAACGAAUAUGGAUGGUCAUUCGGAACCAGAAUCUCCCGGGAAUAGCGUCGGGGCAAUAAGCCUCAAAGGCUUUGAUAACUUCAAGGAAAUGACCAUUGGCAGGCCGAUCUGCAUUAUGCCGCCCCGACCAGGCACUGCGGUGAUGAACUACCAGGAGCUGUACAUACCACGCGACCAGCUGACCUCCGUCUUCUAUCCCAUCGAGGAGGCACAGCGCUGGCUCACAUUGGUCGACAAAAUGGGAAAGUCGCACCGCUUUCCCCUGCCGGCCAUUCUGCCGAAGGUGAUUCAGACGCGCUAUGUGCCCAAGCGGCAUCUGCCCAAGGACGUGGAGGUGGACCGUCGCCGGCGGCAGUAUCAGAAGAUCAAUCUCACCGAGGAACUCUUGCGGGCGGGCCUCACCGACGAGGUGCUGCAGCCGACCGAGGAGCAGUACAACGUGAUGUCGGAGUUCGCCUUUCCGCACAAGUUCCCCCUGAGCUACUUCGAUGACAGCAACUAUGACAUCAAUUCGCCGGCGGCCUGGUUUGAGCUGGGCGUGGUCGGAGAGGCGCACUAUCCGCUGCCGGCGAAGGCGUACCUGCCGUUCAACCGGAGCCUGCUCAACUGCCAGUGGGUGUUGGCUUCCGUUUCGGCGUACAACGAAGAUGCGGACCUCUGGACGCUGCUCUCCCUGGAGGAUGGCUGCACCUACGAGGUGCCCAAGCUGCAGUUCAUGUUCCUCGCCGAGGAUCCGCACAAGUACAUCAGUCGGCUCAAGGCCGCCAUUCACGAGCGCUACAAGGGCGAGCAGCUGAUGCUGAUGGAGCUGAUCGUCGACUGUGUGCUGCACGAGGACAUCGAGUCGACGGUCUUCUACAGCUUCAAGCCCAUCGAGGCCGUGCUGCAGGCGGCCAAAGUGUCCGAGCAGUGCAAGCGACGCCUCCGGUCGGAGGUGAAUUUGGUCUUUGAGCGCCUGAUGGCUCUCUACGAGCUCGAACAGUUCAUCAUUAAGAUGCCCAAGGAGUUUCCCCAAUUCCGCAACAUUAAUCUCAAGGAGUUUCUGCCGCGCGACUUCCACAAUGACAUAUCCGCGCGGGAGCGGGCCGAGGUGCAGGCCCUGGGCAUCACCAUGACGACCAAGCGCUACGAUUACCUCAAAGCGAGUCUCUUUUACUGUGUGGGCGGCAUCGAGGCGAUGGCCGGUGUGGCCAUCGAGUGCCAGCACAUCGAGACCAUGUCCAUAUUCAUCUGCAACUUUAGCAAGCCCCUGGCACUGGUGGACUUUCUGCAGUCGCAGGAGGCGCACAGCGACAAUGUGGCCACCUAUCUGAAGGUGUACUGGCCCCAGCAGCUGACCUCGGUCAUCACCGUGGUGCUGCGGGCGCUGGGCAAGGGCUAUCUGGACAUUUCACUGCACCAAUGGACCGUGUAUCUGAUGUGCAAGAUCUCCACGUUCAUACUGCAGGUGAAGUUCCGCAUGCAGGAGUCCAUGGAGGUGCUGCUGGAGACAUCGCUGAUGAACUUCUCGCACUUUGUCUGCGAUCCCUGCCUGCAAUUCCUCAAGCUCAAGUCCAACUACAAGUGGACCAGCAACUACAUUGACACGGAGUUUCCCUUCCACAAGCCCGUCUUUGCCAUGACCCUGGGCAUCAAUGAGGAGCGCAAGGUGUUCUACUCCACCGAUCCCGAUGAGUUCCAGCCCUCGCUGAUGGACAUCUACAAGCGGGGACUGGAGAAGACCUCGGGCGUGCGCAUGAUUGACGCGUCGGUGAUGACCUUCCUGAAAUUCGCACCCAAUCUGUAUAUACUGACGGUGGAGCUGAUUGAGGAUAAGUUUCUGAUCGAGAACGAGCUGAUGCGGCAGUGCUAUGCCAAGGCGGUGCUGCCGCUCAAGGCGUACGCGCGCAUGUACGAGAGAUUCAUUGAUUUCUAUCUGAUGAACGUCAACCAUUAUAUGGUGAGCUAUGCGGCGGCCAAGAAGCCCUCCUCGGAGGUCAAGCGGGACAUACUCGAGCACAAGCGCCUGAAGGAGGAGCUGCGUGUGAUACUGCCCGCCUUCAUUACCAUCGGACCCUUCUACAUCAACGUGGACACGCUGAAGCAGUUCCUCAUCAAGAAGCGCAUCGAUGUGGUGCGUCGCAUUUUCGAGUACUACGUGGAUCGCAUGUUCGAGACGAACGAACUGCUGCUCGAACGCUGCCUGGAGGUGUUCAACAAGAUUGCCGAGCGACCCAUCAGCAUCGAGCAUUUGUACAGCAUUCGGGACUUUGCGGCCACGGUGCCCGAUGUGGUCGAGCAGCUGCGCGCCGACAUACAGAUCAUGUGGCUGGAGUACGAUCUGCUGGACAGUUUCUUCUACAAUUUGAGCGAUCAUCAGUUUGCCAUGAAGUGGAACGUGUACGCCUGGCCGCACCAGAUCCUGGUGCGUCUCUCCACCCUCAAGGAGGAGCAGAAGAUCGACAUUGAGGAGUUCCUGCGCCAGCAUGCCAGCGAGUGUCAGGCGUUUGAGGAGCGUCUCGAGUCGCUCAACGAUGAGAUUCAGGCCUUCUCCCUGGUCUUCAAUACGAAUCGCGCCCAGGAGACAUCGGUGGACAUCAAGAAGACCUGGGCACUGAUCAAAGAGCUGCAAAAGGUCAGCCAGACGUUGCAGUAUCGCCAGAUGCUGUUCGAGCUGGAACCUCUCUCAGUGGAGUUUCUCCAGAGCAUCAUCGAGAGCUUUUCGCCGUACAAGCAGCUGUGGUACGCCUGCUCCAACUUCCUCAAGCUGGAGGAGGCCACGCUGGGCAAUCCGAUAGCCCAAGUGGAGCUGGAGGAGGUGUGGAACAACCUGGAGGAGUUGCGCGGCGAGCUCAAGGAGUCCAUGGUCAUAUUCAACGAGAAGCCCGAGAUUAUGGAGGUGGCCCGCGUAUUUAUAGGCAAAAUCGACGAAUUUGUGCCCGUCUACAACAGCAUCAGGGAUCUGCGCAACGAGAACUGGAUGUACGUGCACUGGGUGGAGCUGAGCCAGGUGGUUGGCACGGAGAUCAAGUACACCAUUUCGAUGAACUAUCAGUAUCUGAUGCGCAAGGGCAUCCUCGAUUUUCUGCCGCAGGUGCAUUACAUCUCGGUGAAGGCGGACAACGAGGCCGAGAGUCUGCGCGCAGCGCUCGAGGAGGAGGAGCGCCAGAGGCAGGCCGAGCUGGAUGCCAUUCUGCUGCGCAAACAGUUGCGCAAGUGCCGCAGGGAUAUACUCUAAGCUUUACUUGUUGCUCUUUUACAAAUGUUUAUCUAAAUUAAAUAUUCCCUCAUCGCCA